AUGGGCUUCUUCAGUCUCAAGAAGAAGUCGGCCGCUCCCUCUACCGUUUCACAACUCUCCCCUCCAUCCUCCUCUCGAUCGGCGUCCCCGGUCGCGCCCUCUCCUUCCGCUCGCCCUACGCUCCAGCUUCGAGUUGCGAUCCACGCCGCUCUCCUUGAGCGAGCAAACUCGGACGAGCUCUUUUACAUCGAGGUGGACCCAGAGGAGGGGGUGGAGGCUAUUAGGCGGGUCAUCUCCAGAAGAAUAGGGGGCGUCGCGUUGAGCAUGUUCAAGGUGGACAUACCCAUCGACGCAUUCGAGCAGGCUGCAGAGUAUACGCGGCGGUACAAACAUCGGGCGGACCUCAUCACCCACUUCUCUGCGUACUCGCUCGACGACCCCCAGCAGAUCAGGUGCAGUCUCGGACCGGCGGGCUGGCAGACCCAGCUGCCCGAAUCGCUCCGCAUCAAGGACUGGUACCCCUCCGCACCUCUCAACAGCGAGACCAUCUCCAUUAUCGCCCGCCCCAUACACCACACCACCAGCUCUGCCCGCCCACUCACCCUGCUUGCACACUUUGCUGCUCCCACCGACUCGCAAUCGCACGGCUCCUCCCCCUCCCUCUCUUCUAGCUCGCGCUACAUCUCCGGCUCUCCCCCCUCCAGACCCACGCGUCGUGCGCCCACACCCGUCGACAUCCUUCCUUCCUCCACGAUUGGCCAGCUCAAGGAGGCGCUACUGCGGGCGGACGGACGGGCGAUGGACAAGCUGGACAAGGUCAUCCUCUGGCGCGUCGAGAUGUCAGAGGAGGAAAUGGUGGUGAUCGAGCAGCGGGGCGGUCUCAAAUCCGGUCAGAUGCCAUGGCCAUACCCACCCACUGCCGAGGUUCCCAUCGCACUCUCCAACGACGCCCUCCCUGUCUCACACUACUUUGCCGGCGCGCAGUCCAACACCCGCAGCGUCAGCCUCUCGGUCUGGAUCCACCCCUCCGCCUCCCACUCUCUCGCCCGGAUCUUGCCGGCCGAGGCUCUCAACGCACCUACAUUCCGCUAUCCCAUGGUCUUCCCCCCUCCAGAGAUCCGACGCCCAUCCGCUUCUCACUCCCUUCCUCCCGCUUCGCCCGUACUCGAUCUGGAGACGACCGUAUCAGCGUCCACGUUGCCCGCUCGGGCGGCCGGUCGCGCUCGGCGGGGACGGCCAUCCACUGCUCCCCCAGCGUGUGACACACUCGACGCUCCCUCCCCGUUCGGCGGUCUCCGCGCUCUCCGUGCUCGAUCCCCUCUCGGCCGUCCACCCACACAUGACGCCAAGAUGAUGGGACUGGGCAUAGCGGGCUCGGAACUUCCGCCCAUCGGAAUCUCACCGGUCGAUGAGAUGGGCAUGGAUUUGACCAAGCUCAGUCUCAAGGUGGAUAUGGGCGCGUCAGCUCUCCUCGUUCCCAGAUCGCCCGAGAUCGUAUGGCAGCCGGCAGUGGGGCAUGUGCACAGGGCGAAUACGCAGUCGAGGGGGAUCCGGUCGCUGGCGCACAGUCGGAGUCUGAGGGCACAAGAAACCUGCUAG